GGGUGCGCGCGCUGGGAACAAAGUUCGGCACGCCGCCUCUCCCAGCUGUACGGUGUGUGUUAAUCAUUUGCGAGGAAAGUAAAAUCCAGAAGUUGUUCGGAUCACCGCCGGGGACUCACCGGGGACGUCAGUCGGCUUGUUGUUGGGAGGCGCUUUAAAAGCUGACUCGAGCUCCGCUUUGGAUCCGUGUGCGCGUGCGGUUUUGUUUGUUUUCUUUUUUUUUUUUUUAUGUCCAAAACAAAACAAAAACAAAAACACAAACCCACUUGUGGAAAAGAGUGCUAAGAGAAGUGGAGGACGCGCGAGCUGUGGACAUGGCCUCACGCGCACGGGCGGAAUAUCGAGCCUAAAUGUGCGGGUUUUAUUUCCACACUGAGUCUCUGAGACUUCACCCAACUCACACUGAGACUCUGCAGAGGAUUCACUGUGGAAAGUGAGCGCUCCAUCUCCCGCUCCUCAACAUGGCGACCUCGGCUUCACAGGUGGACGCAGCUGAGGGCGGAACAAGCAACGAGUUUAGCGACAUCAUCAAGUGGCGAUCAGAUGAACACGAUGCAGUCCAGAAAAAGACGUUCACAAAGUGGAUUAACGCACAGUUCUCCAAGAUGGGGAAGGCGGUUAUUAAGGACAUGUUCUCUGACCUUAAAGAUGGAAGGAAGCUACUGGACCUGCUUGAGGGCCUCACAGGAACCACCCUGACUAAAGAGCGCGGUUCCACCAGAGUUCACGCGCUAAAUAACGUCAACCGAGUUCUCCAAGUGCUACACCAGAACAACGUGGACCUGGUGAAUAUCGGAGGGACAGACAUUGUUGAUGGCAAUCAUAAGCUGACUCUCGGGCUCAUUUGGAGUAUCAUCUUACACUGGCAGGUUAAAGACAUCAUGAAGGACGUGAUGUCCAGUCUGCAGCAGACGAACAGUGAGAAGACGUUGCUGAGUUGGGUCAGACACUGCACACGUGGCCGGAGUGACGUUAAUGUGCUCAACUUCACCACGAGCUGGACAGACGGACUCGCCUUCAACGCCAUCCUUCACCGCUUCAGGCCUCAUGCGUUCCGUUGGGAUCAGAUUGUGGCUCUUUCUCCGGUUGAGAGACUUGAACAUGCGUUCAGCUUUGCCAAAGAUGAGCUCAACAUCGAGAGGCUGCUCGACCCUGAAGACGUGGCUGUGCAGCUGCCGGAUAAGAAAUCCAUCAUCAUGUACGUGACGUCUCUGUUUGCUGUGCUGCCCAAUGACGUCACCAUGGACGACAUCCGAGAAGUCGAGACCCUGCCCAGGAAGUAUAAGGUGGAGGAGGGCCACCCUAUUAGCACGCAGGGAUUGGCUGGCGCACCGGAGGAGGUGGUCAGACCACAGGCCGAGACCUCGACCAUGGACAGGGAGAUCGAUUUGGAAGGAGGGACCGAGAUGGAUCUGGACUCCUACCAGGUCACACUGGAGGAGGUGCUCACGUGGCUGUUGUCUGCUGAGGAUGCGUUGCAAAUCCAGGACGAGGUUUCUGAUGACGUGGAGGAAGUUAAGGAUCAGUUCCAUACGCAUGAGGCGUUCAUGAUGGAGCUGACGGCGCACCAGAGCAGCGUGGGUAACGUGCUGCAGGUGGGAAACCAGCUGAUUGCACAGGGAAACCUGAGCGAGGAGGAAGAGGAUGAGAUCCGAGAGCAGAUGACUCUGCUGAACUCACGCUGGGAGACCCUUCGUGUGAACAGCAUGGACCGCCAGGCCAGACUUCAUGAAGUUCUCAUGGACCUCCAGCAUCAGCAGCUCCAGCAGCUCUCUGAUUGGCUGAAGGAGACAGAGGGGCGGAUCCGUAAAAUGGAGACGGAGCCGAUGGCGGGAGACAUGCCGGGAUACCUGGCUCAGAUCGAGCAGCACAGAGCUCUGCAGAGUGACCUGGAGGCCGAGCAGGUCAAGGUGAACUCUUUGACUCACAUGGUGGUGGUGGUGGAUGAGAACAGCGGCGAGAGCGCCACCGCCGCUCUGGAGGACCAACUUCAGUCUCUGGGCGAGCGCUGGGCCGCGGUGUGUCGCUGGACUGAGGAGCGCUGGAAUAAACUGGAGGAGAUCCUGCUUGUGUGGCAGCAGCUUCUGGAAGAUCAGAACCUGUUCAGAGAGUGGCUGGCGGAGAAAGAAAAUGCGCUGAGUGAAGUGCAGACGAGUGAUUUCAAAAACCCGAGCGAGAUAAACACUAAUGUUCGUAGAUUAGCGAGCCUGAAGGAGGACAUGGCGCAGAAGCGGCGGGCGCUGGGUGCUCUGUCCGAGGCGGGGCAGGAUGUGGCGCAGCUGCUGAAAAGCCCCGCAGCGAGGCAGCACAUUGAGACGGACACGGAGGAGCUGACGCAGCGCUGGGACAACCUGGUGCAGAGACUGGAGGACUGCUCCAAUCAGGUAACCGUGGCAGUCAGUGCUGCAGGGACGCCGCAGGUUCAGGAGAGGGUCGUCAUAGAGACGGUCACCACGAUAGUGGAGCGGACACAGCGCACGGUCACCGACCAAGAGCUACUGCCUCCCGCACCACCGAAGAGACGCCACCUGGAUACAGACACAGAGCUCAGGAAACUAGUGGACAGUGAGAUUUCUGACCUUUUGUCUUGGUUGGCGAGAUGGAAAACCUCGGCACAGUCGCUCUUCUCUAGAGAUCCUCAAGACCUCGCAACAAAACUCCAGGGCCUGGAGGCGGAGCUUACAGAGAAAGAGCAGCGAGUGAAAGAUGUGAUGGAGAGAGGAGAGAAGCUGACGGAGCAGAUAGAGAAAGAAGGUUUGUCCUCAUCCCCGGUUCGCUCUGCGCUCGUCUCAGUGCAGUCGGAGUUGUGUUCCUGUCAGCAGCUCCUUCGGGACUUGCAGGACAGAGCUCGGGUUUCGGAGCAGGCGGCGUCCUUGUCCUCCGACCUGAAGGUUCUAGAUGGAGCCCUGGUGGGCGCCGAGGCCUGGCAGAACCGCACGGCGGGACUCGUUGCAGACGCUGAGCUUUCUGCUCUGCACACGCUCCGAGACGACUGCCAGGCUCAGCUGGCAGGACUCCUGGGUCUGAGCACUCUCCUUCAGGAGCUCCGUGUCCGAGCAGCAUCUCUGGCCGCAGAGCCCGGUGUCCCUACUGACAUCCAGAGCAGCGUGAGCGCCCUGUCAUCCCGAUACGACUCGACCCUUCACCAGCUCAGGACACGAGAGCAGGAGAUUAACGCUGCUCUGAACAGACUACAGCAGAUUGAGAAAAGUGCUGAUGUUCGGGCCAAACUCGAGUCCAGACUUUCAGCUCUCACUGCUGACGUCAUAGACAUGCCCUCCACUGAGAAGGCUGUGGACAAAGCUCAGGCUCUGUGUGCAGAGAUCGAGCAGCAGCAGCAGGCUGUAUCAAACCCACACGAGCUCCAGCGCUGGACUCAACUUUCCGUCACAGCCGCAGACCAGCUCGGCAUGCUGCAGUGCAUUCUGGGUAGCAUGAAGGACUCACAGGUUCGAGGUGAGGAGGUGAGCCGCUGGCUGGACGCCGUGCAGGAGCUGCUGUCGGAGGACUCCAGCUCUCUCAACCAUGCCGAUAAACUACAGGAAGAGCUAAACCAGUGCAAGGAGUAUGUGGGGGAGAUGGAGGCGGUGGAGUCGUCUCUGAAACAGAUGGCCGUGACUGUAGCAGCUGUGCAGCAGAGCGCAGUACCAGGCCUGGCCACAUGGGGGCAGAAGGAGCUAGAUGAGAAGCAGAGGCGCUGGGAUGCGCUGAGCAAACAGUUGCAGCAGCAGCAGGAGCGUGUGACUGAGAGUCAGGAGAAAGUUCUGAACCUGAAGAAGGACUUGGCGGAGAUGCGAGAGUGGAUGGCUCAGGUGGAUGAGGAGUUCCUUAUGAGAGAUUUCGAAUACAAGAGUCCUGAGGAGCUGGAGGAAGCUCUGCAGGAGAUGAAGAGGGCUAAAGAGGACGUGCUACAGAAGGAGGUACGAGUGAAGAUUUUGAAGGACAGCAUUAAUGUGUUGACGAGUAAAGCGUCCCCCGGUGGUCAGGAACUGAGCAGCGAGUUAGCCGAGGUGCUGCAGAACUACCACAAACUGUGUGACCGCUUCAAGAGCAAGUGCCACACUCUGGAGGAGGUGUGGUCAUGUUGGAUGGAGCUGCUGCAGUAUCUGGAUUUGGAGUCCGGCUGGUUGAACGCAUUAGAGGAGAAUCUGCAGGCCACAGAGAAGCUUCCGGAGAACUCGGACUCCAUCAGUCAGGCUCUGGAGUCUCUGGAGUCGGUUCUUCGUCACCCAGGUGAUAACAGAACUCAGAUCCGGGAGCUGAGCCAGACUUUGAUUGACGGUGGUAUUCUGGAUGACCUCAUCACCGAGAAACUUGACAACUUUAACUCUCGCUAUGACGAGCUCAACCAGCAGGUGCUGGAGCGUCAGGCAGCUCUGGAGCAGCAGUUGAGUACGCUGAAGGAGAACGAGGCAGCAUUAAACACACUUCAGGAUUCGCUUGCUCAGCUCGAUCAGAUGCUCACUUCCUACCUCACUGACCGCAUAGAUGCCUUUCAGAUACCACAGGAAGCUCAGGCGAUCCAGGCUGAUAUCGCCGCUCACGAGGCCUCUCUGGAGGACCUGCGCAAGAGGAAUGUGGGGAACGUUCCUGCUCCCGCUUCCGACGGAAAACCGUCACGUGGAGGCACCAUGCUGGAUCAGCUGCAGAGGAAAUUCCGGGAGAUCAACACGAAAUUCCAGCUCUUCCAGAAACCAGCUAACUUUGAGCAGCGCAUGCUGGACUGUAAGCGAGUUCUGGAGAAUGCUCGCACAGAGCUUCAUGUUCUCGACCUCACUGAUACACAGCCGGAACAGAUUCAAACACACCUUGCCGGCUGCAUGAAGCUGUAUAAGAUGCUGAGUGAAGUGAAGCUGGAGGUGGAGACGGUGAUCAAAACGGGCCGACAGAUUGUCCAGAAACAGCAGACUGAGAAUCCAAAGAGCAUGGACGAGCAACUCACUGCGCUCAAAUUACUGUACAACGACCUGGGAGCACAGGUGACGGAAGGGAAACAAGAGCUGGAGAAAGCUCUGUCUCUGUCUCAGAGACUGCAGAAGGACAGCGCCGCCCUGCAGGACUGGAUCACGUCCACACACACACAGCUGGAGAAGAAGAUCAACAUGGGAGACAUGCCGGCUGACAUCGAUGCUGAGAUUGCCUGGGCCAACGGUCUGCUAAAGGAGAGCGACUGUAAGAAGGCGGAUCUGGGUAAGGUGACGGAGAACAGCGCCGCCCUACAGGCCGUAGUGGAGGGCAGCGAGGCGCAGCUUGAAGAUCAGCUGUUCGUCCUGAAUGAGGGAUGGCAACAAGCGCGGACGCUCAUGGAGGACUGGCUCAGCGCUGUGCUGAACCAUCAGAGAGAGGUGGAGAUGUUUGAUGAGAAUCUGGCUCACAUCAGCACGUGGCUCUAUCAGACCGAGAUCCGUCUGGACGAGACUGAGAAACUGCCCACAGCCGAGAGGGAGAGAGUAGUGAAGGCGGUGCUGAGUGAACUGGAGGCUAUGAGCGCGAGGGUGGACGGCGCCCGUGAUCAGGCCGUUAUCUUGAUGACCGGCAGGGGGCCUGCGUGCAGAGACGUGGUGGAGCCCAAACUGGAAGACCUCAACCGCAACUUCCACAAGGUGGCGCAGCACAUCAAAACCGCCCAGUGCUCUGUGGGUCUGGAGCGUGGGAAAGUGGAGGUGCAGCAGGAGGAAGAGGAGGUGGGGAAGGAAACGACUGCUCCUCCAUCCUCGUCUGAGCUGCAGGAGUUUGAGGCAGAGUUACAGGCGACUCUUAGCUCGCUGGAGCGGCAGGAACCCACACACACCCCUGAUGAGGACAAGCUGGAUGAAGAGAAAGCUUGUGUUGAGGAAGUGUUGAGGAGAGGAGAAGAGCUGAUCCAGUCUGCGUCGGAUGAGAAGAGAGAUGAGAUACGCCUAAAACUGCAGCUGCUACACACUCGCUACAGGGAGCUGCACAUCAUCAGAAUCCGUCGAGUUGAAGAAGUUUUUCUUGACUCCGCCCCCUCCUCGUCCCCACACGUCCGUCAGGAAGAGCAGCGCACGUCUCUCUCACCGUCCGCUUUUCUCCUGGACGUGAACAAGGCUCUGCUGGUCAUGGCCGACAGCGAGCUCCUCCUCAACUCGUCGGAGCUCAGCGGAGGCCUGUUCGAAGAUUUCUCCAGCCAGGAGGACAUGCUGAGGAACAUAAAGGAGAGUUUGGAGCGUGUUGGCGAGCAGGUAACGGCGUUGAACGAGCAGCAGCCUGAUGUGAUCCAGGACGCCUCCAGGCAGGAAGUGGUGCAGAUAGGUGACGCGCUGACUCAGCUGAACGCCGAGUGGGACCGAGUGAACCGCAUGUACAACCAGCGCAAAGGAUCUUUUGACCGUGCCGUUGAGGAAUGGAGGCAGUUUCACUGCGACAUGAACGACCUGUCUCAGUGGCUGUGUGACACAGAACAGACUCUAGCUGAUGAAACCGGACUCGACGGAGACCGGGAGCGUGCUCGCGCACAACAAGAGGAGCUGGAGGAAGGCCUGGCGAAUCACGAGGCCAUGCUGGCUGAUCUCAUCCGAUCAGGAGACCACAUCAUCAAUCAGCUCUCGUCUCCGGAUGGUCCUCUGCUCCAGGACAAGCUGGACAACCUCACACAGCGCUGUGCGAUCGUACACACACGAGUCACCGAGCGCCGCCGCAGGCUAAUGGCUGGUGAUCCUGCCGUGCUGGAAGUGCUACAGCGCAGUGCUGAUUUGGCUCGUUGGUUAGAGCAGACCGAGACCGCCGUGUUGACGCUACCUGCGACUGCUGCUGACCAAAACCUGCGAGAGCUGAAGGCUCUGGUGGAGGAGAUGGAUUUGCAGAAUGAGAGUUUGAUUUGGCUGAACAGAAAUGGAGCUCAGAUCCUCGCCAGCUCCAAACUGAAGGCUCACGAGAGAGAAUCGCACACCUCUGAACUCCGGGAGAUCAACAUGACCUGGAGCAAAGUGACGCAGGAGUUAUUAGAGAAGGUCGGAGAGGUGGAGGCCAGGCUGCAGUUCCAGGAAAGGAUGAACCACUUGAGCGACUGGGUCCAUCUUACUCAACAGCCCCUGAGCGGACGCACCGAGCUGUCACUUACCGACGCUCAGGCACUGGAGUCGACUGUAAGAGAGCGGAGAAAAGAGCUGGAUGAGCUGCUCACACAUUCCACUGAGCUACACAGGAAACAGCAGCUGCUCCCUCAGGAGAAGAGUAAAAUGGAGCAGUUGGCAGCAGACUGGAAAGUUCUCGAGCUCAGAUUGAAAGACAGGACACAAGUGUCACCGUGGACGCACCAGAUCACCCAGCAACCGCUGUCACCAGUGUGCGUUGAGGUUCAGAAGUCAGCGUUGCUGGUCGAAACUCCUCUCAGCGCAGCAUAUGUAAGCGACCGGGCCACAGAACUGGCCGACUGGCUGCAGCUCAUUCAGCAGAUGCUCAAAUCCAGCAUCGUUACCGUGGGCGACAUCGACGAGAUCCGCACCACCAUCGGCCGUCUGGAGGUGACUAAAGGUGAUCUGGAGCAGAGGCAUCCUCAGCUGGAGGAGAUUUUCACUCAGGCUCAGAACAUCAAGAACAAAACGUCCGACCUGGAUGUGCGCACUUCCAUCACUGAGAAACUGGAGAAAGUGCGCAGCCAAUGGGACAGCACGCAGCACGGCGUGGAGGCGCGGCUCCUGCAGCUGGAUCACAUGACCACGCACAGCGACCAGUGGCAGGACCAGUGGGCUCGUGUGAAGACUCUGAUUGGUCAGAACGAGGCUCGUUUGCAUAACCUGCUUCAGAUGAGCCGAGAGCCGCUCACCAAACAGAUCAGUGACAACAAGGCCUUUCUGCAAGACCUGAGCCGAGAGCACGUGACUGUGGCGGCGUUUAACGAGCUGUGCAAUCAGCUUCUACAGGAUUACGCCACUGAUGACACACGCAGGGUCAAAGAGGUGAUGGACAAAACCAUAGUGUCCUGGAACACCAUCAAUAACAGGUCGUCAGAUCGUCAGGCGGUUCUCGACUCGGAGCUGAAGAGCCUGCAGGUGGCUCUCAGGGAGCUCGAGGGCUUCCUCAAAUGGCUGCAGGAGGCCGAGACCACCGUCAACGUCUUGGCCGAUGCCUCCCAGAGGGAGGAGCUGUCUCAGGACUCCGCCCGCAUCAGAGAGCUGAAGGGUCAACUAGACGAUAUCCAGGCGGAGAUCGACGCCCAUAACGAUGUGUUUAAGAGUGUGGACGGAAACAAGUUGAGGAUGGUGAAGGCUCUGGGCAGUUCCGAGGAGGCCGUGUUCCUGCAGCAGAGGCUGGAUGACAUGAACCACCGCUGGAACGAUCUCAAGGCCAAAUCAGCCAACAUACGGGCUCAUCUGGAGGCCAGUGCAGAGCGAUGGAGCAGGCUGCUGUCCAUUCUCGAGGAGUUGUGGAGGUGGAUCUGCCAGAAGGAUGAUGAGCUCACUAAACAGAUGCCUAUUGGAGGAGAUGUGCCAACGUUACUGCAGCAGCACAACCACUGCUCGGCUCUGAGGGCAGAGCUAAAGGAGAGGGAGCACGUCGUGGUCAGCACGUUGGACCAGGCGCGCAUGUUCCUGGCUGAUCAGCCGAUCGAGGGUCCUGAAGAACCACGCAAGAACCUGCAGCCAAAAACAGAGUUGUCUCCGGAGGAGAAGGCCCAGCGGGUCGCGAGGGCGAUCCGGAAGCAGGCAGCCGAGGUACGUGAGCGCUGGGAGAGGCUACUCGGACACGUGGGAGGUUGGCACGAGCAGGUGGAACGCUCUCUGGAGAAACUCCAGGACCUGCAGAGCGCCAUGGACCAGCUGGACGUGCACCUGAGCCGACCUGAGGAGGUCAAAGGUCGCUGGCAGCCUGUCGGAGACCUGCUCAUCGACUCGCUCCAGGACCACAUCGACAAAACCACGGCGUUCCGGGACGAGGUGGCUCCUCUGAAGCAGGAGGUGUUGGCUGUGAACGUGUUGGCAAGUGAAUUGGCUCCUCUGGAUGUGCAACUUUCCUCCACCACCAGCAGACAACUGGACAACCUGAACACACGCUGGAACAUACUGCAGGCAGCCAUUGAGGAGAGACUGAAGCUCCUACAGGAAGCCCACAGAGACUUUGGACCCUCAUCACAGCACUUUCUCUCCACUUCGGUCCAGAUGCCCUGGCAGAGAGCAGUAUCCCAGAAUAAAGUGCCCUACUACAUCAACCAUCAGACACAGACGACAUGUUGGGAUCAUCCCAAAAUGACCGAGCUCUACCAUUCCCUCGCUGAUCUCAAUCACGUGCGAUUCUCCGCCUACAGAACUGCCAUGAAGAUACGGCGACUGCAGAAAGCGCUCUGUUUGGACCUGUUGGACCUGUCCGUCGCUCAGGCCAUGUUCCAGCAGCACAAGCUGAACGUGAACUCAGCACAGCUCUCCGUCCCCGAGGUCAUUAACUGUCUCACGUCCGUUUACGACGACCUGGAGCAGGAGCACAAGGACCUGGUGAAUGUGCCGCUCUGCGUUGACAUGUGUCUCAACUGGCUCCUCAACGUCUACGACACGGGUCGCAGUGGGAAGAUCCGGGUCCUGUCCAUGAAGAUCGGCCUGCUCUCGCUGUGUAAAGGUCACCUGGAGGAGAAGUACAGAUGUCUGUUUAACCAGGUGUCCUCUCCAGGGGAUACGUGUGAUCAGAGGCAGUUGGGACUCCUGCUGCAUGAUGCCAUCCAGAUCCCACGGCAGCUCGGAGAGGUGGCAGCGUUCGGGGGCAGCAACAUCGAGCCAAGCGUCAGGAGCUGCUUCCAGCAUGUGACCAAUAAGGUGGAGCUGGAGCCGAGGCAGUUUAUCGAUUGGAUGAGGCUGGAGCCGCAGUCCAUGGUGUGGCUUCCUGUCCUGCACAGAGUAGCAGCCGCUGAGACGGCAAAACACCAGGCCAAGUGUAACAUCUGUAAAGAGUGUCCGAUUGUAGGCUUCAGGUAUCGCAGUUUGAAGCACUUUAACUAUGACGUGUGUCAGAGUUGCUUUUUCUCCGGCCGCACAGCAAAGGGACACAAGCUGAACUACCCCAUGGUGGAGUACUGCACACCGACCACCUCGGGCGAGGACAUGCGCGACUUCACCAAAGUGCUGAAGAACAAGUUCCGCUCGAAGAAGUACUUCGCCAAGCACCCUCGCCUCGGCUACCUGCCCGUGCAGACCGUCCUGGAGGGGGACAACAUGGAGACCCCGGUCACUCUGAUCAGCAUGUGUCCUGAGCAGUAUGAGCUGGCUCAGUCACCUCAGCUUCCCCAUGAUGACACACACUCGAGGAUAGAACAGUACGCCAGCAGACUGGCUCAGAUGGAGCGCUCUAACGGUUCUCUGCCUACAGACAGCAGCUCAGCCACCGGAAGCAUGGACGAGGAGCACGCUUUGAUCUUGCAGUACUGUCAGACUCUUGGAGCCGAGAGCGCGUCCUGCAGCCAACCUCAAAGCCCCGCCCACACGCCCAAAUCCCACGCCCUGAGCGUGCACGGCCCUGGACAGGCGCUGCAGAGCCCCGCCCAGAUCCUGCAGGCUGUAGAGAGGGAGGAGAGAGGAGAGCUGGAGCGCAUCAUCACUCGCCUGGAGGAGGAGCAACGGUGUCUGCGCAGGGAGUAUGAGCAGCUGCGGGAGCAGCAGAGGCAGCGUGGUACGGAGUGUGCGAUGAGCGUGGAGAGCAUGGAGGGUGCGGUCCCGGACGAGGCCGACCUGCUGGCCGAGGCUAAGCUCCUGCGGCAGCACAAGGGCCGGCUGGAGGCUCGCAUGCAGAUCCUGGAGGAUCACAACAAACAGCUGGAGUCUCAGCUCUACCGACUGCGACAGCUCCUGCACCAGCCCGAGCUGGAUUCUGCAGUCAACGGCGGCUCCUCUUCAGGUUCUCUGAGUCAGGAGGCAAGAGGUCUUCCAGAACACACAGAUGACUUUCUGGAUCAUUCUUCCUCUUCUGAUAUGACUGACCUUAUGGAGCAGAUUAAUAACAGCUUUCCAACCUGUGCUCCACCGAGCCUGUCCUCAAGAUCACAGGUGAUGUGAGAGCUGCUAAUGACGAAGUAAAAAAGUGUUGAUGUGGCACGUGAUGUGGUGAAGUCCCCGCUCUCACAGACAAACAUCGCCAACCCUGAGUUCCUCGCAUCGUCCUCGAUCCAGCUACAAUUCCACCACCGAAUUCCCGACCACCGCGUCCAUCACCCCGUCUGUCCGUACUAUGCAACUGUAAAUUCCGUCACCUUGUAGAUCGAACCUGAUUUGGGUUUUUGCUUUAGGAUUUGUAUGAAUAACGCAGAUGAUAUUUCGGCUAACGGGGGCUUCGGAAUGUAUAACCUGUUAAGCUUGUAUUUCUAUUUUUGUGCGCGCUCACCGGGAACCUCCGUUUACCUCCUUUACAGUUCUUAGAUACUUAACACCGCCAGGAAAAAGAAAAAAAAACGUCGUUCGAGUAAAUCUUUACUACGCGUACGUGGGUAUGAAGACCACUCGUGUUUUUGCCCCUUAACGAAUCACCUCAUACUGAUAAAUGCAUGUUUCUCCCAGAAUGCAUCCCUCAGCUGUGUUUCUCGUGUUUACAGCAUAAUACGUGCCCCAAAGUGGUCGGCUGUUCUUGGAAAAUAAUCAACACUGACCACAUUAUUUUUCAAUAAUGGCACGUGCUGAAGUGUUCCAUUCCUCUUCCACAACAGCAAUUUGCCAAUGUUAACCUUUUUUUUUAAUUAAAGAGUGACAUAUUGUAAUUUUUAUCCGCUUAAAGUUACCUUUACUGUUGUGGAAACAAGUUCCUGUUGGAACCCAUACCCCUUGUGUAAAUACUGUACAUGUUCAGGAAUGCUGAGAUGUUUUAGCCCUGUGUGCCUAUACAGCAUCCAUUCCAAGGAGAGGAUUUACGAGACGGAAAUAGAGAGUUCUAAAUUCAGAUUUGAUUAUUUUUUUUUCCUCUUUGAGUCGAAUAGUUUUCUAAAGUCAAAUCAAAUCAGAAGAAAGCCAUGAUUGCCUUGCUACCUCAGACUCAGCAGCGUUCAUUUGCGAGAUUUGUGCUUUUUUUUUUUUUCUUUUCCGCAAAACCACAAACAGAAACCUAAAACCACAAAACAUAUUUUAAAUCACAUAUAUUGACGCCACUGAUUUAGUAAGAUCAGGGAUGAGCUCGAGAUUGAGAGAAAGGCUGAAAAUGAAGAGUCAACGAUUUAAAAAAGAAAAAUAAGUAGAACAUAAAAUUCUGUGGUUGGUCUGUGAAUUUUUUCAUUGCUUUUUUUUCUACGUGGUGUAUUUUGUGCUUUUUCGAGUGAAGCAUUAACACUACUAUAACCAGUCCAAUGUGUCCCAGACUGCAGGGUUUGGACGCGUCAAAUAUCUCCGAGUGCUGACCUGAGAUCAGGUUUUGUCUCAUCCUUCGUGGAAGGACUGAUCUCUGGUCAGCAUCUCGUACGUCCAGGUCCUGAUGUUGAUUUUCGUGCUGUUUCAUGUCCACUGAGCUGUGUUGUUCUUAUCUGAGGUAGAUUGUGUAGGCUGACCACACUACAUGUAAUAUGGUUUUAUUCCAAAUAAAAAUUUUUAUAACAAGCA